AUGGCCAACAACUUCCAGGUCCAUAUGGCAUGGUUUCAACGCCUGCUGCCGCAUAUUCCACUGCGUGACACCGCUGGUGUUCUUUUUCGACGCGAUUUGGACUCUCCAAGCUCGUCAACUCGACCGAAUUAUCCAAUCAUUCCGACCACUCCACAAGAUCCGACUUCUUCGAUCCGGUCUUCCGUGCCUUCUUCGACGUAUCAGAGCACCCACAGUGUAUUGGUUGGUGACAAGGUUCCCGGUAGUACAAAAAGAGCUUCUGAAAGUGCAGAAAUGACAAAUAAACGUCCCAAAAUGGGAAUCGAACAUGGUGAAAACUCCACUUUUUCAUCCAACUUUCAACCUUUAAAGCCAAUGGAUACAAAUCGAGAUAUCCCCAUAAAGACUUCGCAACGGUCGCGACUCCUGAGCCAUUCCUCCCAGCCUGGAGCUGGAAAUUUACAGAAAUAUAUUGGUCUUCAAACCAAAUUAAUUUCGUUGUUGAAAAACAAACUCUCGAUCGUUGAGUCUUCGUCAAUUUCUCAGGACGACAAGGAGAAGUAUAUUAAGACUGUUUACGAGCCACAAGCCCUGGCUUUGGAGUCAUCGCUUGCGGAACUUGCUUCGUCGACUCGAAUAAAUGAGUCUUCAGAUCAACCUGAAAAAGCCUAUGAGCAAAUCGAUUUUUGCUCUCAGUUUUCUGAAGACGAAAUGGGACGUAUGGCUGAUGAAGCAAGGGAAAUUGAGCGGCCUCGACAUGACCAGCACCAACAAAACUUGGUGGAAGCUCGUGAAGUUGUUCAGCGAAUGCGAUACGAAGCUCGAGCUGAACACACAAAUGAUCAAAAUUACCCUCCAAAUGGACAUAAUUUUCCUCGCAAUGGACAGAACUACCCUCGAAAUGACCAAAAUUUUCCCCAUAAUGAUCGUUCCCCUUUAAACGUGCUGGAUUCACCUUUAAACGGCCCUUCUAAUCGUGCCGGUUCGGACGAAGAAGACAACUUUGGUGAAAGAACCAUGGACGGUUUGUACUCGUCUGAAGUCGACGACAACUAUAGUGACUUGGAAAGCUUCAUUGAUGACGAUGAAGUUCUGGUCGAUGGAACUUAUCGUGAGUCUAAUAAUCCCACUCAGGUCACUGAAGAGGAUUCACAAAAUGUUGCCUUGGUAGAUGAGAUUUCUGAUAACAGUGAUUUGGAAGAGAUAGAAGACUUUACGGUUCAACUCAACGAAGAAAGAGAACUACAAGAUCACGAUGUCAUCGAGAUCAGUAGUGGAGAAGAAGACGAUUUGGUGCCCAUUCCUCCCAUCAAAUCUGAACCUAUGGCACCUACUAAAAAUCCUGUUGCAGCUUCCAAAAAACCGGUAUUGCCCGCUCAAAUUAACCCAGUACUGUCGACGGUUCUUUCUGAUCUUGAGUCGGAUCUCGACUUUUCUGAUGAGGAUUUGUGUGCUAUUCCAGAUUCCAUUUUUCCAGUACCAGCUGCCCAGGCGACAGCUGGAAAAAAGCUUCCUCCAGGAUCAGAACCGUUCAUUAAGGAAGUUUACUCGAUUCUCCAAUCAACUUUCAAUCUUCUGUCGUUUCGUCCCAACCAACUUGAGGCUGUAACUGCAACGUUGCAAGGCAAAGAUACCUUUGUGUUGAUGCCAACCGGUGGAGGUAAGUCGCUCUGUUACCAGCUUCCGGCUUUAGUCACUUCUGGGCGAACUCGAGGCACUACAAUAGUGAUCUCGCCGUUAAUUUCGUUGAUGCAAGACCAAGUUCAACAUCUAUUAGAUAAAAAUAUCCGUGCUGGCAUGGUGAGUUCUAAAGGAACGGCUUCGGAGCGCAAACAAACGGUGGAACUUUUCAGAUCUGGACAGCUAGAUUUGGUGUAUCUUUCUCCUGAGAUGGUCAAUGCCUCACUGCAAAUCCAGAAUAUCAUUUCCAGGUUGAACAGCAAUCAACAACUCGCAAGAAUAGUUGUGGAUGAAGCUCAUUGUGUGAGUUCUUGGGGACAUGACUUUCGGCCUGAUUAUAAGGGAAUGAACAUGUUUAAACAGCAGUAUCCAAAUAUUCCACUUAUGGCUCUUACUGCCACUGCCAAUGAAAAAGUGCGUAUGGACAUUAUUCAUCAUCUUAACAUGACCGAGCCCGUUUUACUCAAGCAGAGUUUCAACAGAACAAAUCUUUUUUACGAAAUCAAGCGGAAAAAUGGAAAUUACCUCGAAUGGAUUCGAGACUAUAUUGUUGCAAAAUACGCUCAUAAUACGGGGAUCAUUUAUUGUCAUUCGAAACAGCUGUGUGAACAAACUUCAGAAAAGCUCAACAUGUGGGGGUUGAAAACCUCGUUUUAUCAUGCUGGAAUGGGACCAACUGAAAGGUUUGAUAUCCAGAAAAAAUGGCAGGAUGGAAGUGUCAAAAUCAUCUGUGCUACAAUUGCCUUUGGUAUGGGAAUUGACAAGCCCGAUGUCAGGUUUGUGAUCCAUUUAUUCAUCCCUCGCUCUCUUGAAGGUUACUAUCAAGAAACAGGGCGUGCUGGAAGAGAUGGUAAACCCAGUGAAUGUAUUAUGUUUUACUCCUAUAAAGAUGCCAGGUCUUUACAAAGUAUGAUCCAGCGAGACAGCGAUUUGGAUCGGGAAAGCAGAGAGAACCAUCUCAACAAGUUGAGGCAAGUGGUUCAAUAUUGUGAGAACACUACUGAUUGUCGAAGAAAACAGGUUUUGCACUAUUUCAAUGAACAUUUUGAUCCACUUCAAUGUUCCAAAAAAUGUGACAAUUGUGCCAAUUCCGAUACGGUGACGUCGGUGGAACGAGAUAUCACUUUAUUUGCCAAGGAUAUUAUCCUGUUGGUGCUGGAAAUUCAAAGAGAUAAGGUGACGGUACUUCUUUGUCAGGAUAUAUUUAAAGGACUGAACAGCAGCAAAAUCACGAAACCGGGUUACAAUCGAAGCCCUUACCAUGGAAAGGGAAAAACCUUGGACAAGCUUGAAAUCGAGCGGAUUUUUUUCCAUCUUCUUUCAGAAAAUUGUCUUGAAGAGUAUUCUGUGAUGCGAGCUGGAUUCGCAUCCAAUUAUGUUCGUGUAGGUAGAGCGGCUUCUAUGGUGACCAGCGGACAAAAACGGGUGAAAUUGGUGUUCACAGAGCAGGUCCAGACAAGUAUCAGAGCAGGAUCUCUUACGGAAUCGUUUGUGAGUGCUCGUGAAAUUGCUGAAAGGCAAGCUCUGUUGCGACAAGAUAUCAAUUGCGAUCCACAUUUCAACAAGCUUUCUUCGAUCCGAGACAAUCUCAACUUGACGAUUUCAAAUGCCUCGUUGAAAGAGAUGGUGCUACUACUUCCAACAUCAAAAAAGGACUUUCUCAAGGUAGGCGGCAUCACCAAAGACCAGGCACAAGAUUUUGUGCAUUUCAAGAAAGCAUUGGCUGCAAUCAAAAGAGAAAAAAACGGCGGAAAAUCAUCUCAAAGUAGUACCUCCCAAAGCAGUCGUGGACAAAAGUCGAACCGUGUGCACAAACCAAGCCAAAGAAGGUCCCAAGUACCGAAAACCCAGUUUCGAAGUAUGCCCUUAUAG